CAUCGAUAUUGCUGUAAUAACUUGAAUAUCGAAUGUCAUUAAAUGGGAAAUGUGUAUUCCUAAGAUAUUAUAAGAUAUUUUUCGAUUAUAUGGAGGUUGUGCCACCGUGCAACCUAAGCACGAGCCGCCUCUGAUAGCGGUAAAAUCCUACUUAAGCUUUAGCCGCUAGCAUUGUACUGAUGGACAGACAGGAUGAACGGAGGUUUUGAUUUUUCGUAAACCAGUACUCACAAAACGUAGAUUCUGACUACAUAAUGUGCAAAGGGAGUAAUUUGCUGCAUGCUGGAACAAGCUUUAUCCACUUUACGUAUCUGGGCUCUACAACACAUUUUCCUGUCGAAAAAUAGCCGUUUUCCCCUGCAGCGUUGCAGUUCUUUUCUCUAUACUACAGACUUUAGUGCUGAACUUUUGUGAAAACAACAAAUUACUUGAAUAAUUUUCCAGAGAAACAGCACAUUUGGAGUUUCAGAUCAUCAAAACGCUUCUCCGAACUUCUCACAUUUAUUUUGACUAUUCUCAGGUCGGAGUAAUCAACUGAAAAUUCAUAAAUUUUCUGGCAAUCAUCGUAUAUUGAUUUUUCAUCAUCAAAAAUGUCUUUAUCUAAAUCCAUUUUUUAAAAAACAACAAUAAUUAUAAAAGAUCCUUGUAUUCAGCAGGUUUCUAUAAAAUAUUUGGAAUUUAUCCAAGCAAGAUGGUUGACUUGAGCACCAUUCCUAAUGCUCCUAUCAAAGUCAUAUUCGCGAUUCAUUUCUUUCUGUGUUGUUGGGGUGUGCAAGGAACAUGGAGUCCAAAUUCAUACUUUUUUUACAAUUUGCUCUUCUUUCUUACACUAAUGUGGGCAAUUCAGUGCAAAGAUUCAGUUGAACCUGUGGAAAUGGCCUUGUUCAUUGGUGUGGCUAGUAUAAUUCUUGACAUCAUUGUUAUUACUGUCUGCUUUCCAUAUGAUCGUACUAGUAACAGAUUCAGUGUUGGAAUGGCUAUUCUGAAUUUGCUAAUCCGUCCUGUUACUUCCAUGCUGUUGUAUCGAGUUCAUGCAGAUCGUUGUGGAGCUUCUGGAGCAUUUUCAAACAAUUUAGGGGGAUUGUUUGGUGCAACAGGUCAAAGAGCACCAUAUGAAGACAUAGAUAGUGUUCACCAGAUUGUCCCAGGAGUUCACUCAAGUGGAGCACACCAUGACAGAAGUAACAGUCCGGCUAUGUUUGCUCCAAGUGGACCUGAUAACAAAUCACCUCCUACAUAUCAUGGAUAGAUAUCUGAUCCCCUACAACAACCUCUUGUGAAAUGGAUGAACAAAAAAUUGGGUACCUAUUAUCUUAAUGCAUUUAUGUGUUUUCAUGACUACUUACCACUUGCCCUGACCCAUAAAGUUCCAAAAAUAGCAUGUACAUUAGUGGAGUGAUAUUUUUUGAAAUAAGGUAUAUGUAAUUAUAUUGGACUGAUAUCCUUAUUGGUUCUGUAUUGUUGGGAUAUUUCCAACAACUAUGUGGUUUUGCUUUUUUUUGUAAGAAAUAAUUGGGCUAUAUUUACAGCUCCUGUAGAUUACAUUCAACAUCAAAUUAAGUUUGCUGAUUGCUUUUUGGGUUUUGUUUUCUAUUCAUUUCAUUCAUGAUCUCAGAAGAAGCGUAUGAAAAAUCAUCACAAUCAUUAUCAAAUAUCUGUUGUGUAUAUCAUGUCAAUUUCUUUGAGCAAUUACUUUAUUCAGUACUUUGGACUUUCACUAGAGGCUUUAGACAAUUUUGUUAUAUUUCUCCAUGAAGUUCUUUGCAUGAUCCAUCUCAUAUUUUAUUAUUAGAAGUUGCAGAAGAAGAAAUAUGUUUGAUUAUAGUGGAAAAAAAGUCAAAAUUAACUCAUGUCCAUUAAGUACCAUGAUCCCAAAUAGGGAUCUUAAACAUUUGUUAAUACUAUGUUGCUAUUGUUAACAAACUUUUGGAGAUUAUAGUGAUCUUCUUGGUAUUAGUGGAGCGUUAUGUUCACUUGUUCUAAGUUACCCUCUCUUCACUCAGCAUUACCAACCUAACAAAAAGCAAAAGAGUCGAAGAUCUUGGGGAUGGACAUACCUGAAGUCAACAUAGUGAUAAGAUGAAGUUUCACAUGUACAUUACAGAAGUCACACAAUUCAGUAACAUUUUUGUAGACUCCAGUUACAGGGUCUUCAAAGUGAAGGGAGUGGUUCACUGCAACAUGAUUGAUGUUAUUUGAUGAAAACAGUACUAAAAUACAGUGCACAGCAAGGUGUGCAUUAAAAAAAAAGUUUUUAGUGUGGCGGCCGCUCUAAAUCAUCUCCCUCCAUGACUUCCCUUGUUGGCUUUCUGGCAUAAAAAUAUUUCAAAGAAAUAAUUUGCAAUUUGUGCUGUAAAACUUGUCGCACAGAAAGACUGCUGCAUUACCAUCAGAACAAGGUUUAGUUUCAUCACACGCCCAACAGCAGUCUGUUCUGUAGAGAUAAUUGCUGAUAGCUGCAUUAAAUUGAACCUUGGCACCUUCAAAACUCAAAUAUGCAAACUGAAUAGUAAAACCAGAAAAAAGGCACAAGAAUUGUACCUUUGUGUGGGGAAACAGUAAAUAAAUUCCAGUUUAUGAACAAGUGAAUGCCGCACUCCACCCAUCACCAGCGGAUCACUGGAAUACCUGAAUAUUUCAACCCUAUUGUGAAACUCCUGUAUCUGAACCUUUGAGAAUCCUUUGACAUUGGGUUUUUCUCACAACUUCAACUAGGGGUGAUCAUUAUCAUGUAACAAGCAGACCACAGUAAAUUUUUGCCACAGGACCGAGAAGCAUUUUGUUAAUUUCUCAAAUCCAUAUUUUUGUUGGUUUGGUAUUUUUAGAACAGUAACCUAAGAUUUUAAACUUUCCUAUUCCAAUAUUAUUGUGUUCUUCAUCCCUGAUGUACAAGUGUUUCUAUAGGAAGGGUUUUCUUGUAGAUCCCGUUUUGGGAUCAUGAUACUCGGUGUGUUGUAAGGAUACACAUUGUAUGCUGUAUUGUGCAAAACUAUUACAGAAGCUAUCCAUCAUUUGUCUAGGUCUCUUAUUCUUCUGUGUGAUAAAUUUAACUCAUAGUUUAAAAUUUUCUCUAAACUAUUUGAAUUGUUGGGCAGAUAGUACUGCACUAGAAUCUCAAAACAAUUUUUGUCAGUGAAACUGAUACAUUCCUAUUCCAAAGUUUGGAAAGUGUGCUGCUCCAAAUUUGAAUACUUCUUCCACUUAGAAAUUUAAAGAAGGAGAGAUUAGAGGAGGGGGGAAAAGAAGGUGACCUACGGGUGGGAUCCACAUGGACUGGGCAUCUACAACUAAUACAAAUCAUUGACAAACCUCAAUAACAUAUUUCUAUUUUGAUAACUUCUUUCCUAGUUUUGAAAUUUCAAGCAAUCUGGAAGAAAGAGAGAUUAUUGUGAAGCUGGUAAUUGUAGUUUUGAUUGCACAUUUCAACAGAUUCAUGAGUGAAGUGAAGAAAUAAAAUUGUAUUGUUCAAGAAAAUAUGAUUUGAAUUUGAGAAAUUACACUUUCCUCUUUUUGCCACUUCAAUUAAUGUAGUAAUUGCUAAGACCUGUAUUUGGUAUUGUAUGUAGAGAAAAAGUAUCCAUGGCAUUGCUCCUACUAAAAGCAGACUGCUCGUACCCAAUUUUCUUGGAAAUAUUCACCACAAAUAUCUUGUGAAAAUGUGAAUCAUACUAUGAGAAGGUGUUUUGUGAAAACAAAGUGGGAAUUAUGUAAAAAAUGUAUUUUUAACACACUGUGCGCAAAACACUGUCUCUCUUGCUCAUUUUCCAUGUGCGAAACUGCUAAUUUUUUCACAGUGUGCGAAACAUCUGUAAUGAUUUGCAAGUGUCUUUCAUUUUGACGAUAUCUUUGUUUAUUAUUUACAAACAAUAGUGUUGGCUGACUGGAAUCCUUUUACUUAGGCAGAAGGAAGGUAAAUUAAAAUUUAUAUACCUUUACUUGACUCAUUACGUUUUGAUCACGGCAUUAUAAAAAAUAAUAUACACAACAUCGGUGUGAGGUGAUUCCCACACUCUUCUUUUUGUCGUCUGAGCGUCGCCUUGACUCAAGUGUGAAUAACCUACUUUGCGCCCUUGUUACAUAAACUAUGAUAUCAAGUUACAUAUUAUUUGCUUUAAAAAGUAGUUUUGAAUAUCAACCCAAUUGUAUUAAAAAUCCAAUUUUAGUUUCAGAUGGUAUUUUUACAUGCCAAGUACCAUGAUUGCAAUUUGGGGAUAGAUUUUAUUUUAUUUGUAGAAUAUAUUGCUGCAAUUUUUUACAAAAAUGUUAUGCCUCAUGCAAUUCUAGAACACCAAACUUUACAAUGAUACAAGGGGUGUUCAUUUUAAAAAUCUGGUACUUAAUGGGUUAAAGAAAAUAUUUGCAUUAUUAAAACUGCCAAGUACUGAUAAGUAUGAAUAAAUUGCAAAUUUUAACUGAAUGUUAUACUAAAUGCAAACAAUAUGUUGUGCCGAAGAAUUUGAAGUGAUUUGUAAACUCUUGACUCAAUUUUAAUUGCCCUUUUUUCAGUGAUGAUGCAGGAGUACUGGGAAUAAAGACUGAAACUUAUUGCUCAUUGCUAGUGUCAACUCUAUUCAAUGUUUUCCUAGUAAAUAGACUUAAAAAUUUAUUAAAUGCUUUUAACAGAGCAAAAGACAUGCAGGCAGUUCUCAAAUAAUACAAGUGUUGUAUGAAUUACUGAUAUCUGGGUUUGAUGCACCUUGAGAAUAGUUCUUUUUUAUGGUUUGAAAUGAUUGUUUUGCAUGAGCAAGAUUGAGCUAAGGGGCAAAAAGAAAAGAGGAGGAAGGAAAAAAAAACACCAUUAAUUGAGAUCAUGUAAGAAACAAUCAUUUUGCUUAUGAAAUCCUUUUCUUUUUUUCUUUCUCUUUCUUCAGUUGUAUAAAAUAUCUUCUAUAACAAAUGAUUAUUUGUUUCAUCUCUACUUUUCAUGGUUAUGAAAACAAAGAUCAUUUUUGUUCACCAUGUGUGCACGGAAACAUGACUUAUAAUUUUGUGAUACAUUUUUGACACACAGAUUAGUGGCAACACAGCUUUCAGAUGUUUAAGAAAAUACUUGAUGCAUACAUAGUGGUACAUAAAAUCCCUCAUUUUUAUAUGACUAGAAAAAAUAAUUUUUGAUUUAUCUUUUUGCAUUAAUCAGCCAUGUCUGUCUUCUGCUGGGUUAGAUAUUUGCUGCUGUCAUUAAUGCACAGCCAUAGUAACUUAAAAUUUAAGCAUACUUUUAUGUACUGUUGUCUCUCACAACUCAAUUAUAUUUUAGGGAUUUCCAAAUUGUUGCAGUGUGCAUUACUGAUUUCCUUUCAGACAACCUUUUUUAUUUUAUUUUUUAUUGCAAUACACAGGAGAUGAGAUGGCUUGUAAUUGAAAUUUGCUCUGAAUGUUGUCCUGCUCAAUAAUUUUUCUAAAACAUUUUAAGUCACUAGAUAGCAGUUUGAAAAGUAAAAACAAUUAGUUUCCUAUUUUACCCUUUUUGCAGUUGAGAACCCUAGCUAUUUCCUCUCUUCUGCCUAUUCUAAAUAAAAUGCAUUGAUCUGUUCUUCUGUGAAAUGGCCUGCAAUUAGCUACUUUUGUUUUUGUAUUAAUAUGUCAUGACUGUAAGGCCAAAAGAUUGCAAAGUGCAGCUUGAAUUUAGAAACACACAUUUGAAGUUGAGCUGCUUUUCUUCCAGAGGUAACUUUGAUAUCUUACUUUUUCUUCUGCGAUACCUCCACUUUACCACCUGACCACUUAUACCACCACCUGACCUCUGCACCAACUGUCCACCGCACCACCUGCCCACCGCACCACCAUUACUAUAUUUUGUAUAAAUGACAAGUGGUGGGCAUUUUCCCUAGUCUAGGACCAUUUAACCUGCUAUUCAAUGAGUGGAAUUUUCAAUGAUUAAGGGAGCUGAAUUCUAAAUUCUGGCUUUGUAGUGACAACUCCUGCAAAGCCUAACUUGUGAAGUCCUAACUCCAUGACUUAUGGGCAUUAUUUGGGAUGUCGAGUAGAACAAUGUGACUUCAUUGAUACCAUCUUGUGUGAAUAUGUGGUAUGUGUAUGUACUCCUCCCUAAGUGAAGAAUUUAAAAAAAUGUGAGAUUAAACUAUUAAACAUUUAAUUAAGAAACAAAACACAUGACUAUUCUGAAAAUAAUCUAAUUGGUUGGGCCAUGUUUGCACAUUUAAGUUGAUGCUGUUAUUCUUAUAUUGGAACAUAGGUUUUAAUGGCGUUUUACAACUUUUUCUGGGAUUGCCAGAUAGAAGUAAGUGCCCUGAUUACAGCCAUGGAAAAAAAAGGGUGUCAACUGGGUGAGGCCAACCAUCCUGGAGUGAAUGCUGAAAUGAAUGAAUGUUGAAGACGGGAAGAAUGAGUGUAAACCAAUGGUGCAAUAAGGCAGGACAGAUACCCCAAACUUGCAUUGUUCACCACACAUUCCAAAUAAAUGACCAGGUUUUGAAAUACAGUUCCAGAGAUGGAAAGCUAGCAUUCUCAUCACAGUCAUAGGUUGUCUCGUGGUGUAAAUACAUAGAUAAAGUGCUGCACCUCAUAGAAUAUCGAGGGGAAAAGAUGUUAGCAAUGGGAUCAUUUACCUAAGUUCUGAAGUAUUUCAAAUAGAGAAUUAAAUUUGAGUAUAUGGUUUAUUAGAUUGAAAUUCAUUAUAUAUUUAUCUAGUUAAAAUUAAAUUUAAAUAUUUUUUUGUCCUUUAAUGGUAAAGAUAAUUAUUUAUGUACUUUAUUUGGUUACAUUUUUAUAUUUACAUCAUAGGAUUUUCAAAUUUGGCUACCAUUCUCAUUGGACAUCCAAGCAAAUGCAUUGUAUGUAUUUCUACACCAUAUCUGUUAUGUUUUUUGUUCAUAUGAAUAUUAAAAUAAUUAACAUGCAGCUUUUUAAUUUUAAGAUUUUUAAUUAAGGUUUUGAUUGCCUUCCAUGCAACUUCUAUUAAACAAGAGUACCUACAAUAAUAUUAAGUGAGGGAGUGAUUGUUACUUUUACCUUUACUGAAGAAGGCCCAGGAAACCAGCAUAAAUUAAAGGAAAGAAGGACAUUUUACUCUUAUAUAAAAUAAGUGAUCAUGUUUUUAUUUCCUAAGAACAUUUUUACUUUUUUUAAAAAAUUUUUGUACACAAAUGAAAUUUACAUUUAAUGUGUUUAUUGACAUAUAAUCAAUACUAUUUGUAUUAACUUGCAAUCAUUCUGAGAGUUACAUCAUGUUGUGCAUUAUAUGUAUUCAAGAAAAUAUUCAUGGAUCUGCAUUACCAGUAGUGUAAACAAGGAUGUGUGUUUACUUGUUGCAACUACUUACUGAACCAUUAGUGUUUCAUAUUAAAAAUAAUGCCACUAAUUUUUUGUAUACUAUCAGAUACAAAUAUGCAGACUAUGUAUGCUAAAAAAUUCCAUAAAGAUUUAUGAUUUCUUUUAUUUUUGUAACUAACAACUUUCAAAUGACACCAUAUAUGUGCAGUGACAUUUCCUCUGAAUGUUUUGAUCAAAGAAGGUGCCUUGAUUAUCCUAUUUUCUAAAGAACUAAUUAACUGUGAUGGUCAAAGUUCAAUGUUAUGACUGAAUAUUCCUAAGUUUUUAAGAAAAUAUAUUUUUAAUUAUUUUCCCCAUAACUUUUAAGUUACUGUUAUGUUUCACCUUGUAAAUUCAUUGGAGAUAAAUUUGUUUUAUAGAAAAUUUAUAAUGAAAAUUGUAUAUUGAAUAUGUAAAUAAUUUAAAUAUUGAUUUUAUUGUUGUAAUUCAUGAAAUGGAAAGAAUUUUUUGUAUCAUAAACCUUAUGCAUUGUAUCCAGUUAGUAGACUUACAUCUUAAUUAUUUUGUGAUAUCUCAUUAUUAAUUAAAGUCAAUUGAACAUUAAUAUCAAUGUCCAGUCUUAUGUAUAUCUAUAUAUUUGACUCUGAUUAUGCAACAAUA